AUGUCUGAAGAGAAUAAUCAUAAUAAAUCAAUCAUUGAUACAAAAAUGAGAACAGAUAAACGUAUGAAAGGAAUGCACCGUAAACAAAUGAAAGAGAAACUGCAGAAACAUUUGAAAAUAAAAGAUGAAAAAGAUAAACAAUUCUUAAAUGAUGCCGUUAAAUCAACUAAUAAUCGAUUGAAAUUGAUGAAGAAACGUUUUAUUGAAAACUUAACAACAGAAAUGAAUUAUAUAAUAGCGAAUCAACUGAAUGCAAUGGCAUCAUUAAGAGUUAAAGCUAUUUUUAUGAUUGGUUUACAUGAUAAAAUGAUACAAAAAAUAAGAAAAUCAAUUGAUCAAAAUUAUAAAAUUGAAAAGAUCUUAACAAAAGAUUAUGAUCAAACAAUAAUACGUAGACUAUGA